CUCCGACGCUCCCCGGAGGGCCGUGGAUGCAUCGCGGUGAGACCACAUGCCUGUGUCUGCGGCCUGUGAUUGGCCGCAGCAGCUCGGUGCGCGUCUGAGCACCGAGCUGCUGGAGGCGCAUCGGGGACUCGGCUCCGUCCUCAGGCGCUCACCGCUCCGUCACCGGCAGGACACCGGCAGGACACCGGCCUCCCCCCGCCGACCGGCCCGUCGCUUCUGUGUCGUUAACACUCGGUUUCCUUUAUCGUCUCCAGUGAUGCGAAAGCGGAAUAACUCGCUGACUCCGGAGCUUGACGGCGGCUCCCUGCUCGACAGAGACCCGGACCUGAAGCAGCGUCCCGGCGGGAGAGCAGAGGGGCCCGCAGCCGGAGACCACCGGGGCCCGGCGGAGGAGCGGACAAUGGGCAAACCGUUCAGGAGAUUGGGUCUCCUGGGGAAGGUGAAGAGGUUCAUGUUGUGGCUGCUCGUCGUCUACGUCUCCGUCCCCUUCCUCGUCAAACUGUGUCCGUCCAUUCAGGCCAAACUCGUCUUCCUCAACUUCGUGAGAAUGCCGUACUUCAUCGACCUGAAACGACCUCUGGACCAGGGACUGAACCACACACACAACUUCUACCUGGAGGCUGAAGUCGGACUGAGGAUCGGAGUCUGGCACACGGUUCCGGCCCACAUGUGGAGAGAAGCUCAGGAGAAAGACGGCGACUGGUACGACUCCAUGUUAAGCUCCACCCACCCCGUCAUCCUCUAUCUCCAUGGAAACGCUGGGACCAGAGGCGGAGACCACAGAGUCCAGCUGUACAAGGUCCUCAGUUCAUCAGGUUACCACGUCGUCACGUUUGAUUACAGAGGCUGGGGGGACUCAGACGGUUCUCCGUCGGAGGGCGGGAUGACGUCAGACGCUCUCUUCAUGUAUGAUCGGCUUAAACAGCGUCUCAAUAAAACGCCGCUUUACAUCUGGGGACACUCUCUAGGGACCGGAGUCGCCACCAACCUGGUCAGACGACUGUGUGACAGAGGAAGUCCUCCUGACGCUCUGAUCCUCGAGUCUCCGUUCACCAACAUCAGAGAGGAGGCCAGGAGUCACCCCUUCUCCAUGGUGUACCGGUUCCUACCGGGGUUUGAUUGGUUCUUCCUCGACGCCAUCACAGCGAACAACAUUCGUUUCGCCAGCGACGAAAAUGUGAACCACAUCUCGUGUCGGCUGCUGAUCCUUCACGCUGAGGACGACACCGUGGUUCCGUUCCAUCUGGGUCAGAAGCUGUACAACAUGGCCGCCCAGUCAAAGAGCCUCAGCGGACACAAAGUGCGCUUCGUUUCUUUCCCCUCGUCUUUGUCCUACAGGCACAAGUUCAUCUACAGGAGCCCAGAGUUGCCAAACAUCCUGAGUGAUUUCCUCGGCACCGUCUCUCAGUGAGGAACAGGCGUCGAGACUCUGAGACCUUGUGACCGAACGUCUUUGCAUGAUUCCUUUUCUCUCCGUUAUCAUUCCUCACGCUGGAUUACAGAUCACAUCCCUACAUUGUUUUUACUCAGCGAGCAGUAAGACAUCAACCAAAGGGGACGACGAACAGAGACGUGAAGCGAAAAAACUGUUUUGAUCUUUUUAAUAUUUCAUCAUGGCAGUCGGACACAGACUGACUUCUCUCGUCUGAUCACGUUGACUCUCCGGACGUUUCAGGAUCUGCAUUGUUUUUAAAGUGUCUUCUCAGUUUGAAUCCCUGUUAUGACUUGAAUUAUGAAUUAAAUAUAUCUUGUUUUA